UUAAAAAGAAUGUUAUGUGCAGAUAUAUGUAAGAAAUCAGGGUUAUAACAGAUCGCACAAGUUUAAAGGUUCCACGCCUCAUCGAGCGCUGCCACCGACAUUUAAACCGAAAUUGUUCGAUCAAGAGGAAGCAUCAAGUACCAGCGAAAUAUCGACCCGGGAUCUGUGUUUGUGAACGGCGAAUACCACACUUCUUUUGUCAAGAGUUUUCUUUGUUUUGUGUUUUUUUUGACAUUUAUAGUUUAUAGUCUUUACCAAGGCGACCGCUUCGUUAGUUACGAUGGUUUCUCUUAAAGCUUUAUUUAACUCAAUAGGAAGACAGCGUGUGUGAUAUCGUGCAUGUUUAACCCUUUAAAAUGAUAAAUAUCAGAGGUCAGAUAGAAGGUUAUGACAAGGCCCGGGUUGGAAUCAUAUUCGACCAUGAUGAGUUGAGAUCGGGAAUGACAGUCAAAGGCCAUGUGCAAAUCAAUUUACAAGCUCCACUGCAAGUACAUUACGUAAAGAUCCGGUUUCAUGGACUCGCGCAGACGCACACCGCCGUCCAUUCCACGGACUACAGCCAUGGCCUGGGUUAUAACAAUGAUGAUGGCGAUAAAGAAGUCUACCUCAACAAACAGCUUACUCUGUACGAAGCGGACCCGGACAAUGACGAAAUGCUUGAGGCGGGAAACCACACGUAUCCCUUUGAAUUGGACUUUCCUGAGAACAUGCCGUCCUCAUUUUCGGAACACAACGGGAUGGGUCAUGUGAUCUACCACUGUCAUGUGGAGAUAGGGCGUCGAUACGCAUACAGUCCUGACAUAGCCAAAACCAAGUGGUUUGAUGUCCAUAGACCGCUCAGUUUAAAGACGAUUCCAGACUCUUUGGUGCCGCUGGAUUUCCGGAAAGAAUGUCCUGCGCGAUCCUGCUGUUGUAAUAAGGGGUCUGUGGAAGUGCAUCUGAAGCUGACCAAGUCCGGAUUUAUCCCGGGGGAGAGGAUCGCGUAUGAUGUGAGGCUGAAGAACAACACCUCAUCUGUACUCAAGGACAUGACAAUCACACUGCGGCGGGUGGUGGCGUACACUGGCCAUUACAAAGGAUUCAAGAGGACGCUGUCAGAGAGUAAGGUCUUCACCAUAGCCGAGAGGGUGUUACGGCUGGGUGUUAAUGAAGAAGAGACGUACGACGGCUCCUCUGUGGGGCAGGUGCCCGCUCUCCCACCUACCGGCCUACCCGGGUGUAAAAUCAUCGACAUUAAUUACUAUGUGAAGGUUGCAAUAAAAUUCGGCCUGUGUGGAUCAGUGGACGUUGACGAGUGUAAAGUAUGGAUUGGAACCGAAGAGUAAAUUGGACAUUAUUAUUUUUCACAUUCUUAUUGUAACAUUUCACAUCGUUUCAUUUUUUUGCAAUUAAACAUUUGAAAGAAUUUUCUACCGUAAUGCCA